AUGAACGCAUUCGCCGGUCAUCCCGCCGCCCCCACCCGGGCCCAGGCGCGCGACGCCCCCGCCGCGGGCCCGCCGCCCGCCGCCGGCGCCCCCGGCGCGCCGCCGGGGCGCUGCCCCGUGCUGGCAGCUCUGCCCCCGCCGCCGACGGCCGCCGUGCCCUGGUACCGCCGCCUCAUGCAGUUCAGGGACCCCCUCAACUUCCAAGCCACCCUGCUGUCAUCCGCCGACGUGGUGACGACGCCGGCGCAGAUCGGGUUCCCGGAGAUGGUCGUCCCGGGCACGGCGGAAUUCGCAAAGGCGGUGCUGGCCAGGGAGGGAGAUCUUACAGAGGUGGCGCCCUUUUUGGUGCUGGGAGAUCUCGUGGGAGAGGGCACCAUGGGCCUGAUGCAGGAGCCUGGUCACCGCGAGUUUCGCAACCUGCUGGCGCCCGCGUUCACGUACGAGGCCAUCAACGGGCGCUUCCUGCCAGAGAUCGCCGCCAUCGUGGGGCGCACCCUGGAGCGCUGGGAGGGCGCGGGGGCGCCGGUCAAGGCGUACGAUGCGUUCAAGCGGAUGACGUUCGAGAUCAUUAUGAACGUCAUGAUGGGCAAAGAGUAUGCGGCCGCGGAGAUCGACCGGCUGCAUGAGAUGUUCACCACUUACACCGGCGGCAUGGCGCAGUUCCCCCAGUGGGACGUGCCUUUUUUGAAGUACGGCAAGGCGAUGCAGGUGGGGGGCAGCUUCCCAUGGGGCAGUAGCCCGUGGGGCGACCUGGACGACGUCGCGCCUGCGCCCGGCACGUUUUGA